AUGCGCAUGCGUAUGAAGAUAAUGUUUGUACUUGGUAUAUCUACAGUGCUAUCUGCACAGCAGGUGCUUGACUAUGCAGGCCCAGAAGACCGCAGUACUAUAGUGCACGGCUACAUAAGCGAUGAAGUUAUAGCACGAACAGACAUUGACCAAAUAUCCAAACAGCUUGAGCGUAACAGAAUGAAGAUGCUCGCAGUGAAUGGAAAACUUGCAAAGCACAGAGAAGACAUUGACAUGCCGCGUAAAAAUAAAAGGAUAAUCACUGUAUCAAGUGGCCUUCAGGACCUAAAGGAAAAAAUGACCCAAAAUGACACCCGAAUCACACAGCACAUAAAUAAGCUGCAGGAACUAGCAAAAGUCAUUUCAGAUAUAGAAGAAGAGCAGAAAAAAAGAAAAACCAUAGAAACAUGGUACGCAGGAAUAAUUGCUAGGGAAGGAUCGGGUGCACUUGCUUCUGAGGCUCCUUCCCAUGGAACUGCUUACUCAGACGCCAGAAGAAUAGAAGAAGUCUACCAAGAGGUGCAGACUAUUAGAGACUUGCUCAACGAAGAAAUGGAUGAAAAGAACAAGCUUCUUGAGGAGAAAAUGGUAAAAGUCAGAACUGCAGAAAACCUUCUAAGAAUAGUUAGAGAACAUACAGAAAAGCUGAAAGAGAGGGUAUUCAGCCAGAAAUAUGAUCAGAAACCACCAAAAAGAAAAGUUCCCAGAAAAUUAACGAAACAGCACCAUCUGCUCUACAAGAACAGGCACUUGCUCUCUCUUCAAAGAAGCAAGGCUUUCUUGCUGAAUGAAGUUGUGGAUAUAUUCUACGGCAAGUCAGUUAAGGAGAUAGAUGCAGCCUUGCCUGAGAUAGAGAAAAAACUAAGAAGCCUGCUAAUAUACAACUACUCCUGUGCGAAAGUAGAUUACAGACGAAAAACAAAGAACUUUAUAGAUAUCAUAAGAAGCUACAAAACAGACGUAUGGAGUGAGAAUAGACUAUGCAUGGCCAUGGACAGAGGAUUUCUGUCUCUUUUGCAGAUGGACGAAAUCUUGGAUGAUGAUAGGCUGGAUGAUGUUUUAGCAAUUAUGUACAGACUGUACAACGACAAAGAGCCCUGCUGGCUAACCAUGGAUGAAUUUUUAAACCAUUUCUAUGACAUUUUGAAUGUUCAUCUGAUUCUAAGCUCAGGAAAUGCAGCAGAGUCAGACUGGAGGACAAAAGUACUUUUCUACCAGCUGCACGGGUUUAUUUCUAGCAUAACAAGCCAAGAGGAUAUUUUUGCAAUAUGCGCUAAAUUGGAUAAACUGAAUACUUCUUUCCUAGAGUACGGAUACUAUGCGGAUGCGCAGCUUAUAGUUCCAGACAACGAAAACACAGAAAAGAAUGCAUACUCCUGGAAAUACAGCGGAGGCAUAUACAGCAGAAUACACCAGUGCAUGAGCGUGCACGACUCUAACCAUGCAUCAAAAGAAAGCAGGCUGCUAAUGGAUCUGCACCCACUCCUACACAUACUGAAGGAAAAGACCAUUCCAAUGCGAAUGGUUUACUCGUCAAACGACUAUGUGGAAGAAAGAAGAAAUGUGUGCAUAGUUGAAAUAGGGUACGAAGAUGCAGACAGCGUAGUAUACCGCACAGAUCAAAUGACAUACAAAGAUGCGUGCGACUUUUGCAAUGCACAAGAGAUAAACAUGAUCAUUGACCCGUGUCUUCUUAACGAGGCAAGCAUUCUGAUAGAAAAGUAUGUGCAUCCGUGCUGCAAGGUGCACUUCACGGGGCUUAGCAUGAAUGCAGACCCAUCAGCCGCAAUGAACCGAGAGGUGUUCGAUAUUAUUGGUGCUCCCGGGAGCAGAGAGAAGCAGUCCCUGCAUGACUUCCUGCAGAAUAGGCUAACUGCAAGUAAGUGGCUGUGGUUUCCAAUUGUAUCUGCAGUUGGUGUGUGCUGUGCACAAGCCGCCAUACUAAUUAAUGAUGGCUCUCUUUUUUUUACAAUAUUCCCAAUAAUAAUUGGCACGUGCGGUAUUCUUAGGGCUGCAGUGAUUCGGGUGGGUCUUGAAACAAAAUCUGUAAUACUUGCAUUUAAUAUUAUUAGUUCUGGAAUAUGCCUCGCCAUGCUUGUGUACUUCUGUGAUAUCUUUUGGAGGGCAAGUGAUCUAACUGACUAUCUGCAAAUAAUUAAAGUUGCGUACAGUAUACUUGGUGGAGUCUCUGUGCUGGGCAUUUUAUUAACAUAUUUUACAAAAGUCAGAAGAUAUGUGUAUGGAAGAAAGUACAGUAUAUCUAACUUAGUGAAGUACAUGUGCUAUGUACUAAGCAUAACAGCCUCGUUUUUAGUCCCUUUUUCGUAUGUUCUUGGAAGCCCUGAGUUACUCGGCAUUUUUAUGGGGUGCAACAUUGGAAUGUUCUCAAGCAUAUUUUUCUAUAUAGGAUGUGCAUACGAGAAGAUGCCUACGCAGCUAAAAAGUGAUAAGUGGAUUGCUGCAGAUAUUUCUGUCCUGGGGAUAACAUGCCUUAGUGUAGCCACUGGGCUGGCUCUCACAUUUGUCGUGCAGGUAGAAUACGGCCUGCUUGAGGUGCUUCCAAUAAUUAUGGGAGGAAAAGAAGUUGCAUUUUCUCUUUUUAAAGAAAAGAGAGUUUCGUAUUAUGAUGCUAUGCGCAAUAUAGCUUCGCCGCCUCCUGAGUCAUCUCUGGAUAGGCUCUUCAGGAAUGCAGUGAAUAUAUUGUUUGGAUAG